GCGGCGGCUGGCGCGCGAGGAGCGCAGAGGUCGGCGGGCCCGGGGCGGCACCGCAGUGGCGCGGGCAUGCACAGCGGGCGGCCCGGCCGUGUCCUGGGCCCGCUGCGCCGGGAACUGACUGCGCUUUGGGGAGCCGAAUCCCUCAAGAGGCACGGGAUGCCCCCAGCCCUGGGCAGGACCUACUUCCCCGUGCAGGCCUGCAACCCUGGCUCCCGCCCUAUGGCGGGUACCGACUUGCCCGGCUCUGCGUGCUGCAGCCUGCCGGACUGCCACCAGGUCGGCUGAUGGGAGCCACACGAGCUGUGUGGCCGGCAGUCAGGCUCACCCCCGAUGCCCGGUCCCCUUCUGCCCCCUGCCAGGCCCUGCCCUGGUGUGUGGCUCAGGCACCGGCUCAGGGCCUCGGAUGCCCUGGAAGAGGACCCCAUCUGCUGCGUGGAGGAAGGGGAGGAAGAAAGCGUGGUGACGGGAGACAGGGCUGUGGCUGUGGGGGUCUCCAGGGAGCACGCCCUGGACUGGGACUCUGGCUUCUCGGAAGUGUCAGGGAGCACGUGGAGAGAGGAAGAGGUGCCCGUUGCCCAGCACCCAACGCCCCCAGCGUGGGCCCCCCACAAACAGCGCCUCUCAACCAGUGGCAUCCCUCUGGCCGGUGGGGCCCCUGUGGCCAGUGCACCACCUGCCCACCGACCACGGCCCAAGUCCACCCCAGAUGCCUGCCUGGAGCACUGGCAGGGGCUCGAAGCUGAGGACUGGACAGCAGCCCUGCUGAGCAGAGGUCGCAGUCGCCAGCCCCUGGUGCUGGGGGACAAUUGCUUUGCUGACUUGGUGCACAACUGGAUGGAGCUGCCCGAGGCAGCCGGUGAGGGGGACGGAGGGGGAGGGCCCCGUGCCCGUGCUCGCCCCCCCCAGUUCUUGCUUGGCCUCUCAGAGCAGCUGCGGCGCCAGCUGGCCAGGGCGCGCCGGGCAGCUAUGGUGGGAAAACGGCUGUCAUGCCCCCCUCGCCCAGAACCCGAACUGCCUGCGGACGUCUCCCCCUUUGCAGCCCUCCUGAGCUGCCGCAGCCGCCAGCCGGUCAUCUGCAGUGAUGUUGCCAGCUACCUCUGACCCUGCCCUCCAGCCGGGACAAUAAAGGCCUUGCUCUGGA